AUGGUGAAUUUUGAGGGGGACUUGUUCCUCGGGUUCGACCUUUCCACUCAGCAGUUGAAGAUUAUUGUGACUAAUGAACAUUUAAAGCACUUAAAGUCUUUUCAUGUUGAGUUUGACAAGGUUUAUGGAAAAAAAUAUGGAGUGAAAAGUGGAGUUAGAAGCAAUCAAGAAACCGGCGAAAUUGUUUCUCCGGUAGCGAUGUGGUUGGAGAGUAUUGAUUAUGUUUUCCAACAGAUGAAAGAAGCGGGAGUUCCGUUGGAAAACGUUAGGGGGAUUUCUGGCUCUUGCCAGCAACACGGAAGUGUAUAUUGGAGCGAAAAGGGCACAACAGAGCUCGCGCUGUUAAAAAAGGAUAGUGGAGACGGUGGGAUUGAUUUGGAGAAGGGCUUGGCUGAACAUCUUUCGUCAUCCUUUUCCCUUGAGACUUCUCCAAAUUGGCAAGACCAUUCCACUGGGAAGGAGCUUGCUACCUUCGAGCGUGUUGUAGGUGGUGCUGAGGAUUUGGCGAGUUUGACUGGUUCUAGAGCCCACUACAGGUUUACAGGUUUACAAAUUAGGAAAAUUGCUAGGGCCCAGCCUGAAGUAUACAAGAAAACUGAUAGAAUCUCACUUGUUUCUAGCUUUGUAGCCAGUGUUUUGUUGGGAGAGAUCACAAAUAUCGAAGAAGCAGACGGCUGUGGUAUGAAUUUGUAUGAUAUAAAUACCAAUUCAUAUAGUGAAGAAUUGUUAAGUUUGGCAGCUGGCGUACACCAGGGUGAAGAUGGCUCUGAUCCUAACACCAGCAAGACGGGCAGCGAUGAAUUGAGAAGAAAGUUGGGAGAAAUCGAGCCAGUGACUUACAAGCUGUCUGGCGCCAUUUGCAACUAUUUCGUAGAGAAGUACGGGUUCUCACAUACAACUGAAAUAUUUUCGUUUACAGGGGACAACUUGGCUACCAUUUUGUCUUUACCGUUAAACCAAAACGAUAUCUUGGUAUCAUUAGGUACUUCCACUACAGUUUUACUUGUUACUAAGAAUUUUGUUCCACUGUCCCAAUAUCACAUGUUCAAGCAUCCUACAAUGCCAGACCACUACAUGGGUAUGAUCUGCUACUGUAAUGGUUCCUUGGCAAGAGAAAAGGUGAGAAAUGAAUUGAACGAAAAGUAUAAGCAGCCAAAGGAAAGCUGGGAAAAGUUUGAAGAAAUCUUGAACGCCAACACUCAGUUUGACCACAAAUUAGGUAUUUAUUUCCCUUUGGGCGAGAUUGUGCCCAAUGCCGCUGCACAAGUCAAGAGGAGCACGUUCGAUGAAGAAAAGAAGAAGUUGGUAGAUGUAGACAAGUGGGAAAUCGAUGAAGAUGUAUCUUGUAUCGUUGAAGGACAAACUUUGAGUUGUAGAGCUAGAUUGGGUCCAAUGUUAGCAUCUGAAGGAAAAGAUGAUGGUGAAGAAUUUGCCAAUAUCAAAAGAACUAUCGAAGAUGUGAUUUCCAAGUUUGGAGAGAUUUCGACCGAUGGGAAGAAGCAUACAAUCAAAACAUUGAGUGCAAGACCACAGAAAGUUUACUUUGUAGGUGGAGCACUGAAGAAUACGAGUAUAGUAAGCCAAAUGGGCUCUAUACUUGGAAGUCAACGUGGUAACGCCAGGGUAGAUAUCCCUAACUCUUGUGCCCUCGGAGGUGCAUUUAAGGCCAGCUGGGGAUAUGCUUGUGAAAAGAAGGGCAAAUGGUUGGACUACGACAAGUACAUUGGUGACAGUUUUGACUUUUCAGAGCUAGAAGAUAUCAAGGUAGAGGAUAAAUGGGAAAACUAUUUCGAUGGUUUAGGAAUGUUGUCGCUUAUGGAGAAAGAGUUAAAGACAGAUGAGUAG